CACCUGUGCCCACCAGUGCCACCCACCUGUGCCCACCCACCUGUGCCCACCUGUGCCACCCACCUGUGCCCACCUGUGCCACCCACCUGUGCCCACCCACCAGUGCUGCCCACCAGUGCCACCCACCAGUGCAGCCCAGCAGUGCUGCCAGUCAGUGCCACCAUCAGUGCCGCCAGUCAGUGCCCAGCAGUGAUGCCAGUCAGUGCCGUCUAUCAGUACCCAUCAUCAGUGUCACCUAUCAGUGCCGCCUAUCAGUGCUGCAUAUUAGUGCCGCCUAUCCGUGACACCUCAUUAGUGCUGUCUAUCAGUGCC